AGCACCCGAGAGAAUGGGGCUAAAACAGAGCUGUAGUUGCGAAGAAAUGGCGGACUUUCCUCGUGUGAGCAAAUGACAAAAAAUGUGCGAGACAACAUAAAGUAGACGGACGAGCAAAGCAGAAGUGGCGAGAAUCAAAGAAGGAUGUGGAGGAACGUUCUAUCGGUUUUAUCUCGGCUGACGGCCACCAAAGUGUAACGAGAGGAAACAAAGUGACAGAAGUGCGCACAGGGCCUCAAACUUGUCUCAACCAGUCAGGCGGAAAAGAAAUCAUAUUGGACAGACAGGAAUGACUGAAUUUCUGGUGCUUAAUUUAUCGAGGAGGGAUUUGAACCACAGAGGCAAAUGAGACAGGAAGAGAGUAAGCGAGGGAGGCGGGAGCGAUGAGUGCGUAAAACAGCAGACAGACAUGAGGAAAAAGAUUAACAGCCUUCACUGAGCCGGCGUGUGUGCUUGUGAAGUACUUCGUGGCAGUGUGAACCGAGUUUGGAAAUAUGAGAACAUGGGCAGCGGGACAGGGUAGAUAAAACAAGCGCGUGUUGUGCAAGGUAAAAGCAGGACAAGGAGGAAGAGAGACAAAAGGUGGGCCGUCUAAAGGGAAAGACUAACAGGAGGGGAGAGGUAUGAGGGGACAGCUCUCGAAGUCUUUCUUGUCUCUCAUGAUCACUCUCCUCUGUCUGGGGAGCCUGAUGACCACUCUCAUCUGGUACAAGUCGGACGGCAAAAAUUUGGAACCUCACCGACCAGCUUCUCAAAAGAAACAUGCCCCAAAGCCCUCAGAAAUUUGCAAAGGCUGCAAGGAAAUCAUUAGCAAGGUACAAGAGCGUUACAAUCAAACCUGGAAGAAGCAGGAGGAGAAUUACUUAAAAUUCAGAACUGAUCUGAGUGUUAAAUGCAACGGCUUUGACAAAGCCAUCAUUACCAAGAAUAACACUCCAGUGGGGUCGAAGCUUGUUUAUGAUGGGGAGAAGAAGAGGACUCUACAGGUGAACAAAGAGUUGUUCAGCAUUUUUACAAAGGAGAAUCCUUUCUCAAAUAAAAAAUGGGACACUUGUUCAGUAGUUGGGAAUGGUGGGAUCCUGUCUGAGAGCAGCUGUGGAAAAAUGAUUGAUUCAGCUGACUUUGUUAUCAGGUGCAACUUACCUCCUUUGGAAAAUGGAUAUGAGAAAGAUGUUGGCAUCAAAACUAGCCUUGUGACAGCAAACCCAAGCAUCUUCACACAGAGGUAUGGCUCCCUGGUGGGACGUCGCCUUCCAUUCGUGGAGAGUCUUCGCAAGUACGGCAACUCUCUGCUGCUCCUUCCUGCCUUCUCCUUUGGUAUAAAUACUGCUGUGUGUCAGCGAGUUGCUUAUACAAUAGAGGACUUUAAAAGCCCUAUUCGACCUGUUUUCUUCAACCCUCAGUACCUUGACAGUCUGGCUCAAUUCUGGCGCUCUGAAGGCCUGAAAGAAAGGCGGCUCAGCACUGGAUUAAUUAUGGCUAGCAUGGCUCUGGAACUGUGUGAAAAUGUGCAUCUGUAUGGAUUCUGGCCCUUUAGUAAUCACCCAUAUGGCCUCUAUACCCUGACUAACCACUACUAUGAUGACAAACCAGCUAAAGCGAGUUUUCACGCAAUGCCAGCUGAAUUUAACCGCUUGUUGCAGCUGCACACUGAAGGGGUACUCAGGCUUCACCUGGGAGACUGUAAAUCAGAUGAAAAAUAGUUCCCAGGGAUAGACAACAGCACAGAAGCAAAGUGCAGAAUCAAGUGCCUUCUUUAUAGCCUCAGGAUGAAGUUAGACACUUUAUUCAUUUCAUAUGUGUUUGAGAAAGUUUACACAUUAUUUUUGGUUAGUGGAAAGAUGGAAAAUGGCCACAUAAGACACCUUCCUUACCUUCCAGCAACCAAGACAUUUGCACUGAUGAGUGCCUCUUUAACCCUAUUUAUUAAACAAAUGUUCCAUUUGGAGUCUGAAAUGAUUUUAAUGUAGUUUGAUGCCUCUCUAAGGCAGUUGCUCUCAGUCUAGUGCCUUAUGAAAGAUUGAUCUCACCUUAUAUUGUGAAAUACCUCCCUUACAUGAAGACGUUCGUGCUGAAAAGCUUUUUAGAAAGAAAACGAAUACACUGAAUGUAAGGACUAUUUUGACAUUUUUUAAACUAUUAACCACUUUGUAUUUUAGUACCAGCUGGUAAUGAAUGUGUAGUGCCUGAUAAAAUCACACAAAUGUGUGUUAUGCUUUGUCACCGCAGUGACCAGACAGUGAUAAAAAAACUUACUGCCACAAAGUGGCAACAUACAUUUAUUGGUAAAAUGUUAGUUGUGUAAGUGCUUUUUAUCUCAGUGUUGAUUGUAAAUGUAAAAAUGUAAUUGUAAAAUUUGCACUUAGAGUGAAAACUUCUGCUCAGAACAAUUUCUUAUGCAAUAUUUGUAACAGUAUUUAGGUGGACCUGAUGUAGCUGGGAAUGUUGCCUUAGGCUGGUAUUUUUAAAGUAUUAGCAUUGAUUUUUGUCAUGCAGAAAUGCCCCUAAUCAGCCACAAUGUUAAAAUGACAUGCCUCCUACCAUUUAGGUCCCUCUUUUGCUUCCACAAGAGACAUUGGACCUUUGUGGGUAUCCUCUGGUGUAACUACACAUUGGCCCUGAUGUGUAGUUACAUAUUUUGUGAGGUGCAUGCCAAGUUACGUGGAAUAUUAUGCAAGGUUUCUCAGCAUAACACUGCAUUGUAAAGCUGUGAAUUAUCACACCUGACAUCUCUUGUUGUAGCAACGGUAACAUAUUGUGAACAUUUGUAUAUUUUGUUUUUAACAGUAUGUUAUAAAAAGGAAAAUGAAAUUCAAAUGAAAAAAUAAAUAUC